AACCAAUUCAUUUUAGAUGGAUUAUAUAAAUUCCUCGCAUCCCAAUUUUAUUGGUGGGACAAAAGCGGUUGAUAUGGCUCAAAUGGAACUGAGGGCUAUGCAGCCAUCGAUUGGUGAAACUAAUGCACUCCGAAGUCCAAGAAUAUAUGUACAGCAAGCUUGGAGCCGAAUGAUCAUGUGGUUCAACUUGUGAGGGAGAUGAUGCUGAUAAGGAUCCAGCAGCAAACAAGGGCCACAAAUUAGCAACUGUAGCCAAAUUUCUGAAUGGUGCUUUGCCUAGCCAGGUGGGUCGAACUCAAUCUGACAAUGGUAGAGUGGCAUCAGUAGAUGAAUAGAGGGGAGCAAAACAUUGAAAAGAAGCUGGUUAGAUUUUUCUUUUGGUUCGGGGGUUGGGCCGCGGGGAUGGGGCUUGAAGCUUCAACGUGGAGAAGUACGUCAACCACAAGGACGUGGGGGGUUUCCUCCCUAUUUGGAAGCCGAGGAUCAUCAGUAGGGAAUUCAUCUAAGAGACAUGCUGCUGAAGUGGUGCAUGAUAUUGACCAGGCACCCCCUGCUAUACAAUUGAAAAAUCCACCAUCAAUCUUGAGGCCUGGAGAAACUGAAACAGAGUACCAAGUGGAGAUUGUAGUGACGAAAAUACUCAUAACAUCUUACUAUGAUAUUGUGAGGAGGAAUAUACAGGAUUUGGUUCCAAAAGCUAUUAUGCAUUAUCUGGUCAAUCAUGCUAAGAGGCAUCUUCUUGGCACGUUCAUAGAGAAAUUGUACCGAGAGAACCUUUUUGAAGAUUUGCUGCAAGAGCAGGACGAAGUUGUCACUAAGAGGAGGAGGACUGUAGAGAUGUGUCAUGCUCUGCAACAAGCUGUCGAGACACUCGAUGAGUUUGUUGCUGAUAUUUCUACACAAAGGUCAAGUGAUAGUAUGAAUGCAUCGCCAAAAUCUUCUUACCUUUCGUCAGACUUUUACUCGAAUUCAAGAUCUUAACAUCUAGGUAAUCUGAAUCUUGUAUAAUACUCCAAGAGUUAAUGUGUCAUUGCCUCCAUCUGUAGCCACUGCUUGUUCAUUCGAGGACUUCAGUACCAAGCGAGAGUCCACAUUUUUGCUGACAUGUCACCUGAUGGAACUAUUGAAGCAUCUAUUAGAUAGAUAAACUUGUAUAGUAGAUCUGUUGUGAGUUGCUUGUAGAGUAGUAUCUGUUAUGGAGACAUUGUCGUUUUGCUCCAACGAUUACAAUCACAGUGUUUUCUUCUGAUUUCUGCUCUUUGCUAGGUAGGUGGGUUAUAUACUUAUAUAUGUAGCUUCCAAAGUUUACUGUUUCUUCCAUCUUUUUCCUCUCAUCAAGCUUGGCUAAUCAUAAUUUUUAUUGGGAUGCUGUUUGUUGAAGUUCUAUUUGAGAGAUGUUAAUGUUCA